CCCAAAUUAAAUGGAAUGUCAAUUUACUAAAAAUAAUCUUAUAGGUCUAUAUCAACAUAUUUUCCAAGGCACGUACCACGCUGAUCAUUUUUUGGGGCACUGAGUAGUAUAUAAAUCGUAGAGCAAAUCUACCAUUUCAGUAUAUCUGCUCAUCAUCAUAUCCUUUACCAAAAUCCAGCUUGCUUCUACCACACUAGCUAGCUACCCAUGGAGAUCCUAAACCUGCAGCUAUGGAAGUAUAUGUGCUUGGGCUUGAUCCUCAUGUUGGGAGCUUGGUCCUCUGAAGCCACUUCUCGCAGUCUGAAAGAUGCAUCAAUGUAGCAAUGGUUGGCUCUUUAUGGUCGAGUAUAUAACGACAUCAAUGAGAAGGAAACUCGUUUCAAGAUAUUCAAGGAAAAUGUGGCGUUUAUAGAAUUUUCCAAUAAAGAUGCAAAUAAACCUUACAAAUUAAGUGUCAACCAAUUUGCUGACCUUACAAAUGAAGAGUUCAAAGCCACAAGAAAUGGAUUCAAGGGCCAUGAGUGUUCCACAAAGGCUUCUUCUUUCAAAUAUGAAAAUGUGACCGUACCAUUACCAGCAACAAUGGAUUGGAGAAAGAAAGGAGCUGUAACCCCCGUUAAGGACCAAGGCCAGUGCGGAUGUUGUUGGGCUUUUUCAGCAGUAGCCGCCACCGAAGGAAUUACACAGCUUACAACUGGUAACUUGAUCUCUUUGUCUGAGCAAGAGCUCGUUGAUUGUGACACUGCUGGGGAAGACCAAGGUUGUGAGGGUGGCUUUAUGGACGAUGCGUUCCAGUUCAUCCAACAAAAUCACGGGAUUAGCACAGAAACUAAUUACCCCUACAACGGUGUUGAUGGUACAUGUAACACCAAGAAGGAAGCCAUCAUUGCAGCCAAGAUAACUGGCUUUGAGGACGUGCCGGCAAAUAGUGAAAAGGCCCUUCUAACCGCUGUUGCUCAUCAACCUGUUUCCGUUGCCAUCGAUGCUAGCGGUUCCGACUUCCAAUUCUAUUCAAGUGGUGUCUUCACCGGAACUUGUGGAACGAGUCUAGACCAUGGUGUUACCGCUGUUGGAUAUGGCGUGAGUGAGGAUGGGACUAAGUAUUGGCUAGUGAAGAACUCAUGGGGUGCAGAAUGGGGCGAAGCUGGGUACAUAAGAAUGCAAAGAGAUGUUGCUGCAGCUGAAGGACUUUGUGGGAUUGCUAUGUCUGCCUCUUACCCCACAGCUUAGUUAAUUAAAUCAAUGCCUACUAGCUAUAUGCCUUGUAGGUAGUCUGAUAUGUAUCAACCUGUAUGCGUAAAAUAUUUAUAAGAUAAUCAAGAUAAUUGUUGGACAUUUAUCAUCUAAAUUUAAUAGACUUGCUUUCUUGGUCAUCUGGUGUCUAAGAAUUCAUGAUCACACACUAUUAGAUUUGAUAUGAAAGAUUAAAAACCAAAAUCACAUAUUUAUUCUCCAUCUUAGUCACCCGAUGACCAAAAGAACCUAUGGUCCAAGUUCGCAUUGGCCUCCCACUAAUCAAAAGAUUUGCAAUCAAACAUCUAUAUAUUCAGGCAGCUAUUGGGCUUUUGCAGCAGCGAGAGCCGUUGAAGGAAUUACUCAGCUUACAAAUGGUCAAUUAAACUUUGUCCGAGAACAAGUGAUUGAUUGUGAUACCCGCGGUGAAGACCAAGGUUGUGGUGGUGGCUACCUUGACGGCGCUUUUGAGUUCAUCAAUCAAAACCAUGUGAUUACCUCCGCAAGGACCCCAACGCCGGUGCUAGACGGUGCAUGGAACACAGAAGGGCCUCCUACAGCCAAUAUAACUGGCUGUGAAGACGUGCCGAUAAGCAAUGA